GUGAGAGGACAGACCGUACGUGUAUUGGAUGCGAGUGUCGACCAGUUUUUAGGCAUACCGUACGCCGAGCCCCCUAUCGGUGCCCUCAGGUUUGCUAAACCGGUGCCCAUUCAACGACCCCGAGAUGGAGUCAUCGAUGGAACAAAACCGGGCAAAUCCUGCCCACAAAGGGGGCCGUUAUUUACGCCAAACACAUAUAUUCAGAGCGAAGACUGUUUAGUAUUAAACAUAUGGACACCAAAAACGGGAAAUAAUAACACAAACAAAUCACAGCUCAAACCCAUUAUGUUUUACAUUUAUGGCGGAGGACUGAGCACUGGAUCUAUUGACAAGUUUAAUGGCGGACCCCUGGCCAGUCAUGGCGUAGUGUUUGUCGCCGCUAACUAUAGAUUAGGACAUUUGGGUUUCCUAUACGGGGAUCGGGAGGACGCGCCCGGAAAUGUCGGACUCUAUGACCAGUUAUUAGCUCUCAAAUGGGUCAGAGAAAAUGCUGAACAGUUUGGCGGAGAUAGGGAUCAGAUCACCAUUUUUGGCGGCAGUGCCGGGAGUUGGUCGGUGUCCGCACACAUACUCUCCCCGCUAUCCAAAGGCCUAUUCAAGAGGGCUAUUAUGCAAAGCGGCGCUCAUAUGUACAGUAAGGACAGGGAUGUGAUCACUAAAGCCGAGGCCAUAGCGCUCGGCAAACGGGUGGCCAAGGAUUUAAAUUGGGACGGGAAGGAGGAUUGGGUUGAGUUUCUACGUAAAGCCAACCCAAAUGAUCUAGUACAAUCGGUGGGUCCGGCCACGUUUCCCGUCGUGGGCACCGAGUUUUUGCCCACUUCUGCUCAAAACGCUUUCCGCCAAAACAAACUUCAUUCGGACAUCGAUUUAAUGGCCGGAAUCGCUACAAACGAGGGCUCAAUACUGUCCAGAGGUCUGUUGCCUACAGACGGGCCGAUGACUGUCGCGGACUUUAUGGCGAGCGUAAAACUGGCCGACGCUAUGCUUCACGGACUUGACUGCCAGCGAGUGGCCGACCAUUACCUGUCGGGUGUGGACACCGGGAGCCCGACUGCCCUCCGGCGGGCUUUUAACGACUUUUUCGGCGACUUAUUCAUGAAAUACCCGACAUUUGUGUUCGCCCGACAAAUGGCGGCCACCAAUGGUGCCAAUUGCCGGGGCGUAUACUUCUAUGAGCUUACAUAUCAGGCGCCGUCUGUGGCCCAGUUGUAUAAAUGCGAUGACCCGGACUCAGGCAUCGGUCACGCCAUGGAAGUGCCCUUCGUGUUCGGCUUUCCCUUCGCCCCCAACCAACCCCUGCCCUUCACAGACACUGAUCGCCAGUUUAGUAAACACGUGAUGCGGAUGUGGACUAACUUCGCGAAAUACGGUAAACCUGAUUCUGGCGAUUGGCCACAACUGGUGAGCGGAAAUGUGGCCAAAGUGUUGAAUUUAAGCCCAAAUCCGACGGUUAAAGUGUUUGACGAUCCGUACGCUAAACAUUACGACACCUUUUGGAAAGAUUAUUAUUUAUAACAUUAGAAAUUAUAAUAUUGUUAGC